AUGUCAUCUCAGGAGGCUUCUUUCACUUUGCAAGUAAACACUCCAAUUGUAAAAGCAAAUAACCGGAGCCUCAGUUUCCUCCUAUUAGUCUCCAUCAUGUUGAGCUUUCUUUGUGUGUUUCUUUUCCUCGGCCGUCCUGUGGAUAUAACAUGCAAGUUGCGUCAAACCUCUUUUAGCAUCAUAUUCUCCAUUUCUGUAUCAUCAGUCCUGGCCAAAACUGUAACGGUUUGCAUUGCAUUCAAAGCCACCAAACCCGACAGCUACUGGAGAAAAUGGGUGGGGAUCAGAUUGUCUAACUUUAUAGUCCUGACUUGCUCUUCUGUCCAAAUUCUGAUUAAUGGUAUUUGGCUCUCCACUUCUCCUCCAUUUCAGGAUUUUGACAUGUACUCUAACUCUUGGGAAAUCAUUGUUCAGUGUAAUGAAGGUUCGCUCAUAGCCUUCUAUUCGGUGUUGGGUUAUAUGGGGAUUUUGGCCGCUGUGAGUUUUGUUCUUGCUUUUAUGGUCAGGACCUUGCCAGACAGCUUUAAUGAAGCCAAGUACAUUGCCUUCAGCAUGCUGGUGUUCUGCAGUGUAUGGAUUGCAAUGAUCCCAGCCUAUCUGAGCACCAAAGGGAAAUACAUGGUGGCUGUGGAGAUCUUUGCCAUAUUGGCAUCCAGUGCUGGAUUGCUAAGCUGUUUAUUUUUUCCCAAAUGUUACAUUAUGCUGAUUAAACCAGAGAAGAACACUAGAAAACAAAUACUAGAGAAAAUAAAUUUGUAA